AUGGAGAAACUAGGAGUAGCUUCAUCCGGUCUCUUCUCCUGUCUCCUUGUCUUGUUCUUGAGUUCAGUUUCAGGAAUCACAGAUGAUCUUCAAGAUAAACAGGUGUAUAUCGUCUACAUGGGUUCACUUCCUUCACGAGCGGAGUACAAACCAAUGUCCAAUCACAUUAGUAUUCUUCAAGAGAUCACCGGAGAAAGUUCGGUCGAAGGUCGUUUGGUGAGAAGUUACAACAGGAGUUUCAACGGUUUCUCGGCGAGACUCACUGAGUCCGAAAGAGAAAGAAUAGCAAAAAUGGAGGGAGUUGUGUCUGUGUUCCCAAACGAGAUGUUGCAACUCCAAACGACAGCGUCUUGGAGCUUCAUGGGGUUAAAGGAAGGGAACAUGGCAAAGAGGAACCCAACCGUGGAAAGUGAUAUCGUCAUCGGAGUCAUAGAUACUGGGAUCACGCCGGAAUCUCAGAGCUUUUCCGGUACCGGCUUUGGUCCUCCUCCAAAGACAUGGAAAGGUGUUUGUGCCGGCGGCCAAAACUUCACAUGUAACAAUAAGUUGAUUGGGGCAAGAGACUUCGUACAAGAAGGGGUUAGGGACAGUGACGGGCACGGCUCACACACGGCGUCAACGGCAGCAGGAAACGAAGUGGCGGGCAUAAGCUUCUUUGGACUCGGCAAUGGAACUGUAAGAGGAGGCGUUCCGGGAUCUAGAAUCGCCGCUUACAAAGUCUGCUGGUUACUAGGGUGUCCUUCGGAUGCUGCACUGUCUGCGUUCGAUGAAGCGAUUGCUGACGGUGUGGACAUUAUCACCAUCUCUGUCGGAGGUAGAACCACGCGUGAGUUUGAAAAAGACGUGAUCGCCAUCGGGGCUUUUCACGCUAUGACCAAAGGGAUUCUCACCGUUGUUGCGGCUGGUAACGGGGGUCCCACAAAUAGCACAGUCACGGCUGUAGCACCAUGGUUAUUCUCCGUUGCAGCCAGUACCACUAACCGUGGCUUCUUCACCAAAGUUGUUCUCGGAAACGGCCAGAUACUUACCGGGAAGUCAAUCAAUUCUUUCGAUAUGAAAGGAAACAAGUACCCUCUGGUAUACGGAAAAUCUGCUGCUUUGUCUACUUGCGACCCGAAAACCGCAGAUUCUCCACUUGCGACUGUUCUAAGAACUGAUACAAUCUUCAAUCAGACAUCUCCUGUUAUUGGUUCCUUCUCUUCUCGCGGUCCCAACUCCAUCGCUGUUGAUAUUCUUAAGCCGGAUAUAACAGCACCAGGAGUGGAGAUCCUCGCUGCAUAUUCACCUGAUAAUUAUCCGGGUGAACCGAUAUUUCACGACAAAAGAUUUGUGAACUACACUGUUCUCUCCGGUACUUCCAUGUCUUGUCCGCACGUUGCAGGAGUCGCUGCAUAUGUCAAGACGUUUCACCCUGAAUGGUCUCCUUCCAUGAUUAAAUCUGCCAUCAUGACAACCGCUUGGCCGGUAAAUGCUACUGGAAGUGGUUUCACAUCGACCGAGUUUGCUUAUGGAUCUGGACAUGUCGACCCAGUAGCCGCUAUAAACCCUGGACUUGUCUAUGAAUCAGACAAAGCAGACCACAUCGCCUUUCUCUGCGGCAUGAACUACAAUGUGACUACCCUGAAACUCAUUGCCGGUGAAGCCAUAGAUUGCUCCAAAGAAAGCCAAAUCUUACCUAGAAACCUCAACUAUCCUUCAAUGUCAGCUAAAUUGUCUAAUAACAGCUCAUUCACCGUUACUUUCAUCAGAACCGUCACCAAUGUAGGUACGCCAAACUCUACAUACAAGGCAAGCGUAUCCCCCGGUCACGGAUCUAAGCUCAGCGUCAACGUCACACCAAGUGUUCUCUCUUUUGAGACGGUGAACGAGAAGCAAUCUUUCAAUGUGACUGUUACAGGCAGCGAUCUCACCUCAGAAGUGCCUUCUUCUGUGAAUCUAAUCUGGUCUGACGGUACUCAUAACGUGAGAAGUCCCAUUGUUGUUUAUACCAAAUAA